CGUUCUAUAGAGCGAUAAAACUAACGUGAUGCGUACUAUCCGAGUUGAAAAACUCGUUAUUAACAUUUGUGUUGGAGAGUCCGGAGAUGCCGUCUCCAAGGCCGCUCGUGUGUUGCAGCAAAUCUCUGGCCAAGAGCCUGUGUAUGGAAAGGCCCGUUUCACGAUCCGCUCUUUUUCUAUUCGCCGUAAUGAGAAGAUCUCUGUGCAUGCCACUAUUCGAGGUGAAAAGGCGCUUGAAAUCCUUGAACGCGGCCUGAAGGUGAAGGAGUAUGAGUUAGUGAAGAGAAACUUCUCUGAGUCUGGAAACUUCGGCUUUGGUAUUCAGGAGCAUAUUGAUCUCGGUAUUAAGUAUGAUCCUAACACAGGUAUUUUCGGUAUGGAUUUCUAUGUGCAAUUGGCACGUCCUGGCGGUCGUGUGAGCAAGAGAAAGGCUCAGCGAAGCCGAAUUGGUUACUCUCACAAGGUUACGCGGGAGGAAGCCAUGGAAUGGUUUAAGAAGACUUAUGAUGGAAUUAUUCUGGAUAAGGCCAAGUAA